AUGGCCGAAUACACGCCUCUCCUCUCCUCGGAGGGCGCGAAGAGCGAAGGGUUCCAUCUCGACUUCCCUAAUACCCUGCGUGGCAAGAAGAUCCUCCUCACUACAGAAUCAUGGGGCCCUGUAAAUGGAGUUAGUCGCACGACGCGCAGUCUGGUCGAGUAUCUGCGCGACAACGGCGUGGACCUUAUUCUCGUUGCGCCUACCUUCAAGGAUCAAUCUUCCGAGCAGAAGACCUGGCAGUACCGUCUUCCAGGCUGUGCGCUACCCUAUAAUCCAGAUCUCACAGUCGUCUAUCCGUUCCAUCUGGAUAUUCUCUUCAACCAGUCUUUCAAGCCAGACAUCAUCUACCUCGCCAGCCCGGCCUCGCUUGGUUUCCAAAUGCUGCUACAAAUCCGCCAACUGCGCUGUCCUCCGCCGGUCUUACUCAACUUUCAGACUGACCUGUCCGCCUAUGCAGAAAUCAUGUUGCCCGCACCGUUAGACAAAUUCGGCGUGUGGCUCCUUGCAACAGUGCAGGGGUUUCUCUUCCGCACCCACGCUGUACACACCAUAUUCUAUCCAUGCUCUGCGAUUCGCACAUAUUUAGAGAAUUCGUGUGUGCCGGUCGAUCGACUCGUUCAGCUAGGUCGUGGUGUUGAUACGCUUCUCUUCUCACCCACACAGCGCGACGAGUCAUACCGCCGUCACAUUGCACCUCAAGGCGAAAUCAUCUUGAUAUGCGUUUGCCGCAUCGCCCCAGAGAAAGGAUUCGAGUUUCUCGCGCAGGUCGUCAAACGGCUAGCUACAGACAAGCUGCCCUUCAAGCUACUGGUUGUCGGCGGGAACCGCAACCUGGCUGUUGAGGAUAAAGUCCAGCGCCUGUUUGACGGGGUUCGAGACCAUGUCGUCUUCACUGGAGUUCUCACCGGGUCUGCAUUGUCUCGUGCGUAUGCUUCGGCUGAUAUAUUCCUUCAUUGCUCUAUCACGGAAACUUUUGGGUUGGUGGUUCUCGAGGCCAUGGCCAGUGGUAUCCCCGUCAUCGCGCGAGAUCAGGGCGGGCCCUCUGAUAUUAUACGGCACGGACAGACUGGUUAUCUGGUUCCGCCGCGCGAUUUAGAAAGUUUUGUUCAUUUGGUCAAAGAGGUUUCCCUCGACCCAAUCCGCCGAGUAAAACUGGCGGCGGCAGCCCGUCAGUACGCGGAUGAUACCACCUGGGAAAAGAUCAACUGUCGGGCAGCGUGGCAAAUGGCUGAGGCAUUAUCAUGUACUGACCAGGAAUCCCAGGGUGGUCGGCGAGUUAUUCGACCAGGGGUGAUUGGACGGGUCUUCGAGCAGCUCCGUUUGAUGCUUGCUGUGGGGGUUAUUUGUUUCAUGUGGCUGAUCUCUGUGGUCCCGCUGAUCGUUCAUGGGAACUGUUUCCUCCCCCGAGCCAGGCGAGCUGUUCAGGGUCAAUUCCAAGGGACUCGUCCAUUGCGCAGUUGA